AUGUGCAAAAGAAAGAGUCCAGGCUCAGAAUUGAGGCUGACGAGCAGGCCCACAUCGCCUGAGUUAUCAUCGUCGACAUCAUCAGGUGAGUGGCCGGAAUUCUCAUCAUCAUCACCAUCUGCUUCCUCGGCGUCAUAUACAUCGAAGAUGCCGAAGGAGGGUAUAUGUGUAUUUUUCCCAGAGGCAGAAGAGGAGAACGUGCAACGUGCAAAUGCUGCUCCAGAAACAAAGGCCAUGGAUCUCGUUGGUUGUCCUCGAUGCUUCAUGUACGUCAUGUUAUCUGAGGCGGAUCCAAAGUGCCCUAAGUGCAAGAGCACAGUGUUUCUUGAGUUUUUCAAAGCUGAAAACUUCAAGACGGACAAUUGA